UUUUAAAGUGUGAGCAGAAAAAAAGAAGCGUUUCCGUCUUGAUCCAUCCUAUUUACUAAAAGCCACUCAAAAUCUUGAAGAGCGUUACACCAGCAACUUCGAGUUUCCAUCGCCUGAGAACGAGAGAGAUAGAGAGAGAGAGAAUGGCGAUUCCGAUGCCAACUCGUCAGCUAUUCAUCGACGGUGAGUGGAGAGAGCCCAUCUUGAAGAAUCGAAGAAUCCCGAUCGUGAAUCCGGCUACCGAAGAGGUCAUUGGUGAUAUCCCUGCAGCUACAUCGGAGGAUGUGGAUGUUGCAGUCAACGCUGCUCGAAGAGCUUUUUCAAGGAAUAAAGGGAAAGAUUGGGCUAAAGCACCAGGAGCUCUUCGUGCUAAGUAUCUACGUGCUAUUGCCGCUAAGGUAAAUGAAAGGAAGUCAGAUCUGGCUAAGCUUGAGGCGCUUGAUUGUGGUAAACCAUUGGAUGAAGCAGUCUGGGAUAUGGAAGACGUUGCUGGAUGUUUUGAAUUUUAUGCUGACCUUGCUGAAGGAUUAGAUGCUAAGCAGAAAGCUCCUGUCUCGCUUCCCAUGGAGACUUUUAAGAGUUAUGUUCUGAAGCAACCUCUUGGUGUUGUGGGACUUAUUACACCAUGGAAUUACCCCCUUUUGAUGGCUGUUUGGAAGGUGGCUCCUUCACUUGCUGCAGGGUGCACUGCGGUUCUCAAGCCAUCAGAGCUGGCAUCCGUCACUUGUUUGGAGCUUGCUGAUAUUUGUCGAGAAGUUGGUCUUCCUCCUGGUGUCCUCAAUGUUUUGACUGGUUUAGGUUCGGAAGCUGGUGCUCCUUUGUCAUCACACCCUGGUGUGGACAAGAUUGCAUUUACUGGAAGUUUUGCCACAGGAAGUAAGGUCAUGGCAGCUGCUGCUCAGUUGGUGAAGCCUGUUUCUAUGGAGCUUGGUGGGAAGAGCCCUCUCAUUGUGUUCGAUGACGUUGAUCUUGAUAAAGCUGCUGAAUGGGCUCUCUUUGGUUGCUUCUGGACAAAUGGUCAAAUCUGCAGUGCGACUUCCCGCCUUCUUGUUCAUGAAAACAUCGCAGCUGAAUUUAUAGAAAAGCUUGUGAAGUGGAGCAAGAACCUUAAAAUUUCAGACCCCAUGGAAGAAGGAUGUAGGCUUGGUCCUGUCGUUAGCAAAGGACAGUACGAGAAGAUAUUGAAGUUUGUCUCAACGGCUAAGAGUGAAGGAGCAACGAUCUUGCAUGGUGGUUCCCGACCUGAGCAUCUAGGAAAGGGCUUCUUCAUUGAACCAGCCAUCAUAACUGAUGUAACCACUUCGAUGCAAAUAUGGAGAGAAGAGGUUUUCGGGCCUGUUCUUUGCGUGAAAACAUUUGCCACUGAGGACGAGGCAAUUGAGCUAGCAAAUGACUCCCAUUACGGACUAGGAGCUGCAGUGAUAUCUAAUGAUACAGAAAGAUGUGACCGUGUAAGCCAGGCCUUUGAAGCUGGGAUUGUGUGGAUUAACUGCUCACAGCCUUGCUUUACUCAAGCCCCAUGGGGUGGAGUCAAACGCAGUGGGUUUGGACGUGAACUUGGAGAAUGGGGACUUGAUAACUACUUGAGUGUGAAGCAAGUGACUCUCUACACUUCAAACGAUCCAUGGGGAUGGUACAAAUCCCCCAACUAAGUAAUGAAUACAUUGUCAUGAAAAUGGAAACCAAACCAAAUGCUGUAUGUAUGUUCCAUCUUUGUGCUUUUUAUAUUAACUCUUGUCAAUUUUUAGUCCUGAAACUCGUAUUGUAAAAACCUUGAAUAAAGGAUGCUUUGGUGUUGUUUGGUUGUUCUAAAAAGGCCAGCAAUAAACGAUGCACCAUUUUUAGGAUC